CAGUUGCAGAAAAGGAGGGGGUUCCCAUCCCAUGGCAAGGCUGCCACAGAUCUCUGCCCUCACACAGACUUGGCUGUCCGUCCCAGUUGCUGGUCCCCAGCCCUGACGUGAGCCCUUUGAGCCGGUUGGCAGCAAGGUCGGAAGCUCCGUGACAGGUGUCAGUGACAUGGCUGAGCAGCUGUCUGAAGAACAGGUGGCCAAAUUCAAGGCGGCUUUCUCCAGAUUUGACACGAACGGGGAUGGCACCAUCAACACCCAGGAGCUGGGCGCCGUGAUGCGGGCCCUGGGCCAGGAUCUGUCGGAAGCCGAGCUGAAGCACCUCAUCGCCCAGGUGGACACGGAUGGCGACGGUGUCAUCAGCUUCCAAGAGUUCCUGGCAGAGAUGGUCAAAAGGAUGAAGUCCUGGGGCAGUGAGCAGGACAUGCGGGAGGUCUUCCGUGCCUUCGACCUGGACGGCAAUGGCCACAUCAGUGUGGAUGAGCUCAAGCAGGCCAUGUCCACGCUGGGCGAGAAGCUUUCCCAGGAGGAGCUGGACGCCAUGAUCCAGGAGGCCGACGUGGACAAGGAUGGGCAGGUGAACUACGAGGAGUUCUUGCGCAUCCUGUCCCAGAAGUGAGGCCUGGCCCUGGCCCAUCUCCUGCCUGACUCUGGUCCUCACGCCUUCUCGGGGCCCCUGCUUCUGUGGCGGGGACGUAAAGGGGAAGUCUGGGUGGUGGAUGGGAAAUUCCUUACUGGUGGGAAAGCCUGGCCUCACUUGGGCCUGGGUUCUGAGUGCUCUUUGCCCGGAGCUGCUGUUGGAGAGAAAUGGGGGGCCCCCUGCCUCACUGGGCUGUCGUGAGGAAACCCAAAGCAAUGUAGUGGUUGAAUAAAAGGAAUGUGAGUUCCAAGG